GUGGGUUUACUAAAACCCCGGAAUAGCAUACACGUGUAUCAUGAUGGUUGCUGGCAGUAGUUGAGGGAAGCCGCAGAAACGGUUGUUUGUGUAAUCAGGCUGUGCAAUUGUUCAUGUUUAUUAAAAGGUCCACAUUCAUUCCUUUAACGUGAAAUCACUCAAAUCCCGAGAAAUGGUGACCAAGAAGAAAACUGUGAAAGUGGAGGCUGUGGUCUUGGACAAGGACAAGCUUGACAAGUUGAUAGUCUCACUGUCUGUGGGUGGAGGAGAAGAGUUGAUCAGACAGCUAGCCCAGACCCUACAAGACUGUCUGGUUUUGGCUGACCCAGUGCAGCAGAUCCAACUGGUCAAGAAGGCAGGCUCCCAGCUGGAAAAGCUGAGUGAGGAGGAAAUGUCCCGGGGGCCUCUCCUCCAGGCCUGUCUGAACACCCUGGCCCUCAUCUACACAUCCCUGCAGGCCAAGAACCCUCUCCGUAGGGCCAGCGCUAGCGCCUUGAGCUCUGUGCCAGGCUGGCUGCAGGACCAGGCUGUUGGCUGCCUGUCGGCGUGCCUGUCCGACUGUCUGUCCACCCUGUGCUCGGACCGCGCCUCGUACCCACACCUGAUAGACUCAGUAACGUCUUGCCUGGAUGGCUUCCCUCUCGGGGAGAGUUGUAUACGCGGUCUGCUAGCAGAGGUGUUGACGUUUCUUCAUAAAGCCUUGAGUGAAUACCUCCAAUUGAACAGUGGUCUGGCAGGUUGCCAUGUGCUCCAGGCCCAGCUCAUGCACUCGUGUCUGGCUGCGGUCAAGGCCUCCAUGCUGGUGGUGCAGAGGUCCCAGGACCUCAUCAGCGCUGCCCUACAGGCAGGCAAUCCUGACUGCACCCUGCAGCCAACCCUCAGUGGUCUUCUGGACUGUUACACACACAUCCUCACAGAUGAGGAGUUUGUUCAGGCGGUCCAGAGCACGGCUGGCAUGGCGGUGGUGCUGCUCAUCAGAUCUGUCCUGGGCUGUGGAGAUGAAGUGGCGUCAGCGGUGGCUGGACUCCUGCAAGGCAUAGAGCUGGGAGCGGAGUGCGCCCCCUUGUGGCUGAGAGAGAGCUGUGUGGGGCUGUAUGACAGCGGGCGUCCUGCAGGGGUGUCCCUCUACCUGUGUCACGGGGCCCUGGCUAUGCUGAACUGGAGAGGGGCCUCGCAAGGGCCGCGGAGGGAUCAGCUCCUGCUGCUCGUGCCCCACACACUGCUGGCCCUAGACACCAGUAUUAAGGAAUCCAGCACAGCCAUGGUGGUAGCCCGCGUGCUGUCCCUGUGGAGCGGAGUGGCAUUGGACAGCAUGCAGAGUGGCCAGUCCUCUGCCCCCGGCCUGCUACGCGACUCCCUCCGUGGGGGCUCCGAGCUUCAGGGGCGCCUCCUGGAGCACGUCUACACCCACUGGGAGCACCCCCUGGACGGGGUCCGCCACCAGACCAACACCCUUUUCAAGAACCUCCUCCUCCUGCACCAGCAUACCCACCCUCUGGCUCUUUCCAACCCCCACAGUGACCCGUACGUCAGCCAGCUAACCCAGACUCUGCUGGGCCUGGAGUGGCACCAGAGAGGGAAGUACGGGUCUCUGGCCUGCCUGGUGGAGCUCCUAGGGGCAGGGUACCUGUUGGCUCUGGAACCCCAGCUGCCCUCACAUCUCCUGGGCUUGAUGGGGGACCAGACACUGGCACCCUACGCUAGUGACCUGCUAGAGAGGCUGUUUGUCAGUCACAAGGCCCAGCUGGCUGGGGAGGGGGACAUGGAGAGGUGGCACGGGACCUGGGUAUCUCCGCUGCUCCAGGUGCUGUGCCGAGCCAGGCUGGACCAGACUACCUAUAUCCUGGACUAUUUCCUCCCCAAGCUGCUGCGCUGUUCUCCCUCCAGUCUGGCCCACAUGGUACAGGCCCUCCAGAACUCCCCAUCCUGCAGUGCUGGCAGUAGGGGUUCGGUGGGGGCUCUGAUGACAUGUCUGCGGGCAGCACGGGCCCAGGGGAUGGUCCAGUCUUCAGAGGAGGGACUUUGGGGGGGGUUGGUCCCUCUCUCCCUGCUCCGCCAGGCUCUGGUUCACAAACACCACCAGGUGCGAAUGGAUGCUCUUGGCUUAGUGUGCGAGAGUCAUCGCAGCACAGAGGUUCUGACCUCACAGGAAAUUGAGCUGCUUUGUCACUUCCUGCCUUCCUGUCUGAACAGCCAAUCACCAGGGGUCAGGCAGCAGACCAUCAGUCUUCUCAAAAAGCUCCUGUGCCGAGUAAAGGACAGUGGUCAGUUAGUUCAGAGGAGACUGGCCCAAGAGAGAGACGUGGGACAGCGUGAGAAAGCCCAACACGUCCUGGACACAUACAAGGAGUUCCUGCGCUGGCUCUGUGAGAGGUUGUUUGUGGUGUUGCUCCCUGGGGCCUCCUUCUCCACCUGUCUGACGGCCCUCAGAAUGCUGGCCCUGCUGGCCCAACUGUUCACCUUCACAACUGGGCCUGAGGAUAUGUUUGCUCUUGGGGAGGUGGUGACUCCUGUACAUGCUCAGAACGUCCUCUUCUGCCUCGGCAGCAACUUCCUGGAGGUUAAGCAGCUGGCCUCUGCGUUGCUUCGUCAGCUCCCUCCCUCUGCUGUGGGGCUUCAGGAGCCGGACAGGAUGUUGUGUCUGCUCCAGGCAGCUAUGGACCUCAGCACCAGCACUAAGCCCUUUGACAGUGUCACGGCGGCCCAUCUAUUCAACCUUCUCCUCCACCUGCCUGACCUGCCUCAGGCCCUUCUGCUCUGUGCCCAGGAGCAGGGCCUCUCCUUCCAGCCUCCAUCUCUAACCCAGCCCCAGGCUUCUGAGGCCCUCACCUUGGAGACUAACACCCUGGCAGUGAUUCAGUUCCUGUUGCUGUGUCUGAAGACUGAGGUGAGGAAGGCGGAGUCUUCACUCCUGCUGGCGGCAGCCACCUCCCCUCUCUACGGCAGAGCCCACUGUAUCACAGCUGCCUUACAGCAGCUGAACACCAGAUGUCUGACUCUGUGUGGCCAGUGGAGGAGUGUGGUGUCAGAGCUGAUCACGGUGUCCUACAGGAUGUCUGACGUGGUGUCACCUGUCGUCCAGAGCUCCUCCCCUGAAGGCCUCAUUCCCAUGGAUACGGAGACAGAGUCGUCGGCUGGUCUCAAGAGCAUCCUGCAGGAGAUCCAGCCUCGUGACACCAACGAUUUCUUCACCAGCGCCAGAGAGCUGGACACUCAGGAGUCGGGAACCAAUGAACCUGCCGCCAAAACCGAUGAAACGCUCCAUCCCAGCACAGGUGGUGGGGGUGAAGGUUACAGGGUGACAGCUCAGAUGGUGUUGGUGUGCUGUUGGAGGACCAUGAAGGAGGUGUCCAUGCUCCUGGGAGAAGUGUGUCAGAGCCUUCCUCUCCAGACAACACACACUCCCCCAGACCAAGCGCUGAUCACAGAGGAGCAGGUGGAGGGGGUUGGGCGGUACUUUCGCCAGCAGCUCCUGCAGUCUCGUCACAGAGGGGCUUUUGAGCUGGCCUACAUUGGUUUUGUACGCCUCAAUGACAUGCUGUGCAGGAGCGGAAGCCGGACCCUGCAGCAGCUGCCUGCUCACUGGCUCACGGAGGUCCUGCAGGAGGUUAAGUCCAGUGACCCCUCCUCUAAACUGUGUGCCACCCGCCGCAGUGCUGGCAUUCCGUUCUACAUCCAGGCCCUGUUGUCGUCCGAGCCCAAGUCGUCCAGCUGCAGCCUCCUGAAGACGACCAUGAGGGAGCUGACCACUCUGGCCAUGCCCCCCCCCGACCGAGCCACCGAUGAGACCACUGUCCCUCAGGUUCAUGCCCUCAACAUCCUGAGGGCUCUCUACAGAGACACCCGUCUGGGGGAGAACAUCGUUCCCUUCGUCUCAGAGGGAAUGCAGGCCGCUGUCCUGGGAUUCACCUCCCCCGUCUGGGCUGUGAGGAACUCGUCCACCCUACUCUUCAGCACCCUCAUCACUAGGAUCUUUGGGGUGAAGAAGGGGAAGGAUGAGCACUCAAAAAAGAACAGGAUGACCGGCCGUGAGUUUUUCACCCGUUUCCCGGCGCUCUAUCCCUUCCUGCUGAGCCAGCUGGAGGAAGCGGCUUCAUCGGUGGGCAGCGACAGUGGUCGAGUGAUUCUGCACCCCAGCCUGUUCCUCCUGCUGCUGGUGUUGGGUCGUCUUUUCCCUUCCCCCAUGGACGGCUCGUCAUCCCCUCUGGGCCUUGCGCCUUUCCUGCCGUUCAUCAUCAGGUGUGGUCAUUCUGCUGUCUACCGGACUCGUGAGAUGGCAGCCCGGGCCCUGGUCCCGUUCGUCAUGGUAACCCAGGUCCCCUCCACUAUCCAGGCUCUACUAGACGACCUGCCUCUGGAGCCUGCCCCUAGAACUCAGCAGAACCGCAUCCAUGGAACCCUGCUCCAGGUGCUGUUCCUGCUGCGCUCCUACCAGGCGGACGCGCACAGACCCCAGGCUGCAGGAAGUGACAUCAGCAAAGCCCUGCGACCGCGAAUGUGGCUCGCUUCCAGGCGCAACCCGUGUUUGGUGACCCGAGGAGCGUUCGUGGACGUGCUGGGGGCCGUGUGUGGCCCGGGGGCCUCUCCUUCCGGAGAUUCAGAGCUGAAGGAGCUGCGUGACGAGACGCUCGCCUUCCUGAUGACCUCUGAACUGGUGACCUUUGGAAGCUCCUCGGCUGCUUGCGCCCCACCCGGCAGCGCCCAGUACUUUCUCAGCCUGGCGCGCCUGGCACUCAGCGCCAGCGUGGAGAGCCCCCUAGCAUGGGGCGUAGAGGAAGAGGAGGGUCCUGCGUCGCGCGGACCCCUUAUCCUGAGGUGUCUGCUACAGUGCCCACACUAUGAAGUCCGAGAGCUGGGCCUGGCGGGCGUCCUCCGAAGGCUGGAGAUGGAGAUGGAGAGGGACGGGGAGGGGAUGGGACGUCCCUCCUGGCCCCCAGAGACCCUCGUCUCCACCCUCACCAGCAUGGUCCUGCAUGAGACUCACCCCCAGUCUCUGGCCAAGCUCCUGCAAGUGCUGUCUAUCCUUAUCGUGCCCUCUGACCUCCAGUGGAGAGAUGGUCUGCAGACUCUAACCCAGUGGCAGGUUCUGGAGCAAGUUCUCUCUCUGGCCGAUGUCUUCGUCCACAGUGUGGAGGUCCAUUGUGCCGCCUUGACCUUGGCAUCUAGACUGGUGGUACACCUGGCCAACACUGACCAUCAGGGUGCGGCCGCAGUAGCGCUCCUUGGGUGCUGGGGGGCGCUGGUGUCUCAGUGCUGCGGCGAGCAGCAGAAUACUGAGGUGAAGAUGAUGGCUGCAGAGAUAUUGGUCAACGUGUCAGCCACACUGCUGACCAGUCCCAACCCACCACUGGGCGUGUCCCACACUGUCUCUCUUUGGAGGGGGUUGUUCACUCUGCUGCAGGAUGAGGACCCGGAUGUCCGAGACCGAGCCGCCGACUACGUCUCCAGCCUCCCCAAACACCUACUGAACACAGAUGCGCCCCUGGUCUCCGUGUGCCCACCAGUGGCUCUGGAAAUGGGCGUGGCGUUGCUGUGCCAGCUGUUCCAGCUGUGGGGGCAGGUGCCAACGGGCAUCCUCACCCUGACAGAGUGGCUCCUGGGAGACCGCGAGGGGGAGCAUCCGCAUGAGUCGGCCAUAGCUGAGGCAACCGGGCUGGAUGAAGACGACUUCCUGUUUGAAAAGGGUGAUCUGAACCUGUGGGCGGAGCCUGUCCAAUGGGUACGCCUGCUACACAGACACCUGGUGGUCCUCGCCGAGGACCCAGGGCUGAAGGUUCUGAACCAGGCAGAGCUCCUCAGACUGUCAGCCCAGGCAGAGGCCCUAUCCCAGGCCACCCAGCAGGCACUGGAGGGCCUCCCGGCCUUGCCCCAGUUCUGCUGCACCGUAGAGCAUGCCCGGCUGGCCCUGAAGCAGGAGAGGGCCACGCUGGUUAUCAACAUUCUGCAGACUCUGAGACAGGCCGGACUGUCCGGUUGAGGACCGGGAAGGUUCAUGUUGGUUUAGACGCCAUGUAGCCCUGUUAGUUCAGUAAAAUGUGAUUUGCUUUUCGUGAGCCUUUGUUGCUUUCCGGGCUCAGGAACCCAGGGAAAGUUGGGUUGUGGGGUCACUCCGUGCUUGGAAAUACAUUGGUGCAUUUUGCUAUUUUUAAAGUGACAUGUAAUGUUUUGAUUUUAACAAAUACGCAACUGGCACACAUUUUAUGGACUAAGUAUUUUAUCAGCAGUGGAUGUAUUCGUUUUAGACAGAAAUGUACUCAUGACAGUGUACAUGUUUAAGUCUUGUAUGUGUUUUUCAAAGUAAAGAUGACUGAUUCAU